UAGGUGACGUCAUUAUUCUGCGCUAAAUCUAGACGCGACAUCGUGAGAUAGACAUAAGACGAAACAAAUUUUCGCCGCCAGUUCAGUGAAAAGUCAGAAAAUACUGCCGCCAAAAUAUUUAGCGAGAACUGUAAUUCGUCGCUAGAUAUCCUGCCACGCCUUAAACUCGUUCUAAUUAUAUAGGAUUUUCUUUUUUGUUAGUGGCUGAACGAAUAGGUAGAACGAAACGGCACUGUAGUGGCUCGAACUAAUUAUGCCCGCCAUUUGAAAAGUGUUUUUCUUUUUUUACUGGUUUUCGAAAGACGCUAGGGAAUACCUUUCCCUCCAUUUUUGUAAAAACUGCGUCGUUUUUCUUCAACAGGCUACCAUUAAGGAAAAAUGAGCCACCAUUAGGAUUGGGAGCGAUCUUCUUUGUCUCAUCAGUGGCGGGAUUCAGUAUUCUUGCCUAAAGUGCCACCAUAAUCAGUUAUUCGCAGGUGGUGUAAGAGGCUAAAGGGGACCGAUUUACCAACGUCCGUGUCAAGGGUUUGAAUGAUGUCGAUUGAGGGAUCCAUGUUUUAUUGGAACGGCAAGGUUUUUGAAAAGUGGAAAAAUAGCUAAACAUUUUCCUCUGCUGCUCUAAUAGGAUACGUUUCUUCCCAAGUUUGCUAAUGCCACAAACUUAGUUACGAAGCAACUAGUUGAUUAACUAAGCUUAGCUCAUAGUUUCUUUGACUAAUUCAAUUAGCUUUGAAAUUAUGGUACAAUGUCGGCUAGAUUUAGAUGCUUAUCUAUGAUGCACAAGGUAGGGAUUUAGAUCUCUGUUUGACUAUUUUGCCUCUGUCGUUUUUAAUUAUUUCGUUUACCUGAAACUAGUUAGUUGAACUGGUCCAAAACUGCAUAUUCUGCACUAAGGAUUUGACAUAAAAUAACUAAAUAUUGCUUUCUCUAGCGUUUCUAGAUCACCUGUCUGAUGAAAGCAAAUGUUUUUUCUUUAUUUAGUCUGUCAUUUUCUUUGUAUUCAAUAUUCUAAUCGAUCUUUGUGAAGAAUCUAUAUUCCCCUUUCCUCCAAGUUACUGAUCAAUUAAAUCUUUGUUCACAAAAGAAUGAAUAAUACAGGGUCUGGUUUACUAAGAGGACAGUCCAAGCCUUUGGCUAAUUUCUUGAUGUUAGGUUUUGGUCAACAUAUGCCAGUCAAUAUCCAAAUUGCUUGCUCUAUAAGCAAUAAAACGCCUAUAUCUAAACUACAAAAUGCUCAAACGCAAUAUGUAUCCACAGGGAAGAACAAGGUCAAGGAUCCUUUCACCUUGUUUGAGAGUUAAGGGAUUGAACCACUACUUGUUUGUGCUAUAUAGCUGCAAAGUAAGCUCAAUAAGUUCCAAGAGUAGUAGACAAACUAUCAGAUUAUUAUCUUAAACUGUGUGCUAUGGCCGUGGAAAAUGGCGUACACAGUGACAUAAGUACCCAUGAGACUAGCACAUCAAAAGGCCUGGAAGAAAAGGAUAAAAGCGCCAGAGCAAAUGGGCACCCACAAGAAAUGGAGAAGAGCAAUGGAGAAGAGAAAACAAACUCAGUUCCAUUCCACAAGCUCUUUUCAUUUGCAGACUCUGUUGAUAUUGUUUUGAUGAUCAUUGGCACAAUUGGUGCUCUUGGGAAUGGAUUAAGUAUGCCCUUGAUGACAAUAUUUCUUGGGGAUACGAUUGAUGCUUUUGGAAAUAACCAGAAUAACCAAGAUGUUGUGGAUAUAGUUUCCAAGGUGUCUCUGAAAUUUGUCUACUUGGGAAUAGGAUCUUCUGUGGCCUCAUUUCUCCAGGUGGUUUGUUGGAUGGUCACAGGGGAGAGACAGGCUGCAAGAAUAAGGGGUUUAUAUUUGAAGACUAUAUUAAGACAAGAUAUUGCUUUCUUUGAUAAGGAAACAAACACUGGAGAGGUCAUUGGUAGAAUGUCUGGUGACACUGUUCUUAUACAAGAUGCAAUGGGAGAGAAGGUUGGGAAAUUUCUGCAGCUCCUAUCAACUUUCAUUGGAGGAUUUUUAAUAGCAUUUGUCAAAGGGUGGCUUCUUACUCUUGUCAUGUUGUCCUCUCUGCCCCUGCUUGUUCUAGCUGGUGCAGCUAUGUCUAUUAUGAUAGCUAGGACAGCUUCUCAUGGACAAAAUGCUUAUGCAAAAGCAGCAACUGUAGUUGAGCAGACUAUUGGUUCAAUCAGAACGGUUGCAUCAUUUACUGGGGAGAAGCAAGCCAUACGGAAUUACGAGAAGUAUCUUGUUGCUGCUUACCACUCAGGUGCUCAUGAGGGCUUAAUUACUGGAUUGGGACUUGGCCUAUUUGUUUUUAUCCUGUUCUCUAGUUAUGCUUUAGCAAUAUGGUAUGGAGGAAAGAUGAUACUGGAAAAAGGAUACACAGGUGGCGAAGUGAUUAAUGUAAUCCUUGUUGUGUUGACUGGCUCUACGUCCCUAGGGCAAGCAUCCCCUUGCAUGAGUGCAUUUGCUGCUGGACAAGCUGCAGCUUAUAAGAUGUUCGAGACCAUUGGUAGAAAGCCAGAGAUAGAUGCAUAUGAUACGAGUGGAAAGGUAUCAGAUGACGUCCAUGGAAGUAUAGAGUUAAAGGAAGUAUAUUUCAGUUAUCCAGCUAGACCGGAUGAGCAAAUAUUUAGUGGUUUCUCUCUUUCUAUCCCAAGUGGCAUGACUGCAGCUUUGGUUGGACAAAGUGGGAGUGGGAAAUCGACAGUCAUAAGUCUAGUAGAGCGAUUUUAUGAUCCGCAAUCCGGUGAAGUUCUCAUAGAUGGCAUCAACCUCAAAGAGUAUCAGUUAAAGUGGAUUCGGGGGAAAAUUGGCCUCGUCAGCCAAGAACCUGUGUUAUUUACAUCCAGCAUUAGGGAUAAUAUUGCAUAUGGAAAAGAUGAAGCUACCACUGAAGAGAUAAGAGCUGCAGCCGAACUUGCCAAUGCUGCUAAAUUCAUUGAUAAACUGCCACAGGGUCUAGAUACAAUGGUUGGUGAGCAUGGAACACAGCUUUCGGGUGGACAGAAGCAGAGAAUUGCAAUAGCGAGAGCAAUCCUGAAAGAUCCACGAAUUUUACUUUUGGAUGAAGCUACUAGUGCACUCGAUGCAGAAUCUGAAAGAAUAGUUCAGGAGGCAUUAGACAGGAUUAUGGUCAACAGAACAACAGUCAUUGUUGCCCAUCGUCUGACUACGAUUAGAAAUGCUGAUAUGAUUGCUGUCAUUCACCGUGGAAAGAUAGUAGAGAAAGGUUCACAUUCGGAACUACUUGCGGAUCCUGAUGGAGCAUACGCUCAGCUUAUAAGGUUACAAGAAGUAAAUGAAGAUUCAGAAGAAGCUGUAGAUGAACGUAAAAGAUCAGAGAUUUCUUUGGAGUCAUUGUCUAGUCAAAGAAAUUCAUUGCAACGGUCCAUCAGUCGGGGAUCAUCUGGAGCUGGAAAUAGCCAUCGUCAUUCAUUAUCAGUUCCUUCUGGUUUACGUACAGGACUUAAUGUCUCUGAAAAUUCACUAGCAGAACCAGAAGUUUCUCUACAAAAGAAGCAAACUCCAGAGGUCCCGAUUCGCCGCCUCGCAUAUCUCAACAAGCCUGAGAUUCCAGAGCUUAUAGCUGGAUCCAUAGGUGCAAUUAUUCACGGUGUAAUAUUUCCUCUUUUUGGUAUACUAAUUUCUAGAGUGAUUGAAGCUUUUUUUAAACCACCACAUGAAUUGAGGAAGGAUUCGAAGUUCUGGGCAAUCAUCUUUGUGAUAGUUGCCGUUGUUUCAUUUUUGGCAUGUAAUGCACAAUUAUACUUUUUUGCUGUGGCUGGGUCUAAGUUGAUCCAGCGGAUCAGAUCAAUGUGUUUUGAGAAGGUGGUUCAUAUGGAAGUUGGUUGGUUCGAUGUGCCUGAGCAUUCAAGUGGUGCAAUUGGUGCUAGACUUUCAGCAGAUGCAGCAUCAGUGCGUUCUCUGGUUGGAGAUUCACUAGCUCAGAUGGUUCAGAACAUUGCAUCAGCAGUAGCAGGUCUGGUUAUUGCCUUCACUGCAAGUUGGCAACUGGCUUUCAUUAUUCUUGUAAUAGUCCCUCUCACAGGACUCAAUGCUUAUGUUCAAUUAGAGUUCUUGAAAGGGUUCAGCGCAGAUGCAAAGAUGAUGUAUGAGGAAGCAAGCCAAGUUGCAAAUGAUGCAGUUGGUAGUAUAAGAACUGUUGCCUCUUUCUGUGCUGAAGAGAAGGUGAUGCAACUGUAUAGAAAGAAAUGUGAAGGUCCUCUAAAGACAGGAAUAAGGCAAGGGCUUGUCAGUGGAAUAGGAUUUGGAGUAUCAUUCUUCUUGCUGUUUUCUGUCUAUGCAACUAGUUUCUAUGCAGGAGCUCAACUUGUCAAGCAUGGGAAAGCAACAUUCACAGAUGUUUUUCAAGUUUUCUUUGCUUUAACCGUGGCUGCUAUGGGAAUUUCUCAAUCAAGCUCCUUUGCUCCUGAUUCCUCUAAGGCCAAGACCGCUGUUGCUUCAAUUUUUUCAAUUUUAGAUAGAAAAUCAAAGAUAGAUCCUAGUGACGAGUCAGGAAUGACAUUAGAGAAUGUGAGAGGAGAUAUAGAGUUUCAGCAUGUAACCUUUAGGUAUCCAUCUAGGCCGGAUAUUCAAAUUUUCCAAGACCUGAGCUUGUCCAUUCAUUCUGGCAAGACUGUGGCUCUAGUUGGUGAAAGUGGCAGCGGGAAAUCAACUGCCAUCUCAUUGUUACAAAGAUUUUAUGAUCCUGAUUCUGGACAUAUAACACUGGAUGGAGUUGAAAUUCAAAGGCUCCAACUCAAGUGGUUGAGACAGCAGAUGGGGCUUGUGAGCCAAGAACCGGUAUUGUUUAACGAAACAAUCCGUGCCAACAUUGCAUAUGGAAAGGAUGGAAAUGCAUCUGAGGCAGAAAUCUUAGCUGCGUCAGAGUUGGCCAAUUCUCACGAGUUCAUUAGCAGUUUACAACAGGGGUAUGAUACUCUCGUAGGUGAACGAGGAGUCCAACUGUCGGGGGGACAGAAGCAAAGGGUAGCCAUUGCUCGGGCUAUAGUGAAAACACCAAAGAUACUGCUACUGGAUGAGGCAACCAGUGCCCUGGAUGCCGAAUCUGAGAGAGUGGUUCAAGAUGCAUUAGACAGAGUAAUGCUGAAGAGGACAACAGUUGUUGUAGCCCAUCGAUUAUCUACGAUCCAGAAUGCAGAUGUUAUUGCAGUGGUUAAAAAUGGUGCUAUUAUAGAGAAAGGAAAGCAUGAGACCUUGAUCCACAUCAGUAAUGGUUUCUAUGCUUCCCUAGUGGCACUUCACGUAAGUGCCUCAACUGCAUGAGUUUCUUUUUUCCUGUUAUGAUAAUUUUGGUGAAGGAUUCAUGUACUCUCCUUUUCAAACAGAAAUAUUAAAAGAAGUUUGCACCAGCUGCAUGAGUUGGUUACAGUUUUUA